CAGUCUCCUCUGGAGUCCCGACAGCGCAGUCGCACCUGGGGGAAAACUCGCCGAACCACGAUGAUACUCGCCCUGCUGGCCGCGGGCAUGGUGGCAGCCGCCGCGGCGGCUCCGCAGCCCCAGAAGCUCGACGAGCCCAUCGCCAUCAUCAGCUACACCAACGACCUCACGCCCGACGGCGGCUACGUCUGGAGCUACGAGACGGCUAACGGCAUCAAGGCGAACGAGAAGGGCACGCUGAAGCAGACCAGCGACCCGGAGAACCCGCAGGUGAUCGUGGCCGAGGGCGCCUACAGCUACACGUCCCCCGAGGGCGUGCCCAUCAACAUCCAGUACGUGGCGACCGACGACGGCGGCUUCGUGGCCACGGGAGAGGCCAUCCCCACCUCCCCGCCCAUCCCGCCCGCCAUCCAGAGGGCGCUCGACUACAUCGCGAGUCACCCGCCCGCCCCCGAGGGUCCCGGCAGGGGCCGCCGGCGCCGCUGAGGCGCCCGCCGCUUGAUCGUGCUCUCCUCCGUCGUAACUUCAGUCCCGGUGUGAACAAAGCUAGCCCUUGCCCCGCCUCUCGGCCGCUCCUAUUGGUCGCACUUCCCCUGGGAGGAGCGCUGUGACCGCUCCUUAUUGGUAUGUUGCCCGUGGGAGGGGUGUGCGGCUGAUCCUAUUGGGAGGCGCGGACGGUGGGAGGAGCGCUGAGACCGCUCUUUAUUGGUAUGUUGCCCGUGGGAGGGGCGUGCGGCUGAUCCUAUUGGUCGCACUUCCCUUGGGAGGAGCACUGUGACCACUCCUUAUUGGUAUGUUGCCCAUGGGAGGGGCGUGCGGCUGAUCCUAUUGGGGGGUGCGGCCGGUGGGAGGAGCGCUGAGACCACUCCUUAUUGGUAUGUUGCCCGUGGGAGGGGCGUGCGGCUGAUUCUAUUGGGAGGCGCGGCCGGUGGGAGGGGCUUUAAGGCCGCUCCAAUUGGCCGCGCGACCGGAAGGGGCCGAGGCUGACCGAUACGCCCCUCCCACCAUAACUUCAACACCGCAAUGCCACCAGGGCGCCAAUCAUCGUUGCUUUGUUUGCGCUGUGACUGAACUUACCAUGGACAGAUUGCAGGUCUCACACACUUGAACCUCUUCUCAUGAAGUGUGACGUCUCCCUCUCAUCAUGGCGCCACUGCUUCCGAGAAGUAGAGCCAAGACAUAAUGCCACCCAACGGAUGCCGACUAACUGUAGAUUAUCAUUUGGUAUAUAAUAAAUUAUAUUUAUUUUUUUAUCUAAGAUUUUCAUAUGAACAUCAAACUGAGUUGUUGAAAAUUGCUUACUAAGAGAAUUAGUUAUUUGUGGCAGUAACUAUUUUAUAUAUAGAUAUAUAUUAUAUAAUGGAAUAAAAAGUCGAAUUAUUACAUUCAUAUGAUAAUAUAUUAAGGCCUCAAAUAAUUAAUUGCUCUGAUUCUUUAAGGUUAUCAAGAUUAUAAUUUUCUGCUGAAAUCAAAUAUGAUAUACAAUAUCAAUAAUUUUUCAGAAGUAUCAAGAGUAUCUAUACAACAGCUAAUUUAGUAUGGUACAAAAGUACAACAUUAAUUGUUGUAUAACUAAAGCCAAUUUUAGGAUUAAAAUUAUAUUGUUUGAUAUGUUACAUAUAUCUUUUGCGAUACAACCCUAUAAUUUAAACAGCUUGCGAAGUAUUAAUUCCAUUUAAAGGGAAAAUUUUUGUAGCUUUUUUUUAACAGUGCAUUAAUUUGAUGAUCUCUCUCCUAGAGUUAAGAAACAUAUUUAUACCAACAGACGUUUAUGCAAAAACUUCCUUUUUAAUUCAUUUCGCGAACAAAAGUUGUCUUACACUUCCAAAAAUAGGAAAUUAGUCUUUAUUUUAACAUUUUAUGUCAUCGCAAUAAUCAUAUGUAAAUGAGAUCGAUGUUUUCCUGUGGUAGUAGUAUUGUCUUAAAAUGAAUAUUCUAUAUUCAAUAUCUUUUAACUGAUGCAUAAAUGAUUAUCUGUGUUUUUUUUAGUAUGUAUGAGUCUAAGUCAAGUCUAUUUUUAUUCUAUUUUUGAAUACUGAAAAAAUAUAUUUUAAAUAGUCAACUCAAUGUAUUUAAAUGUUUGUAAAUAAAAUAAAGAAUUACUGAAUUGUAAUGAGUACUGUGCAUUUGAAAAAGAAUAAAAAAAUAAAGAUAUUAUUCCUGUA